UGUGUAUCAAAACGUUCCCUGCCAGGACUCGAAACGGUCAGAAGCCUCUCGGACAGCGAAGAGCUCGGUCGUGUCUAGCCUUAGCUUGCUUGAAACUUGAAGAAAGUUUUUUUUUCUGAAAAAGUGUGGUUAUUUGGGAGUUGGAGUUUUUGGGAAAGUUGAUCUUUAGUGGCGAGGAAGAAGUGAGAUGCACAAGUAGAGUGAUGUUUGCUUAGAAGGAGAAUCAGCAAAAAGGGACGAUCUCGGGGUUUUAAAGAAGGACUUCUAAGAAUUGAGGUCGCAGUGAUACGGAGAACAACUGGAAGGAUUUAAGUGGAGUUCGAUCGUGAGAUAAUCUAACGGUAUUUUGGACAAUCUGUAUUGUGUCGCUGGAAAAGAAGAACAGUAGUGUGAUAACGAUUGAUAUUGUUUUGUGAGUGUGGAAUAACGGAACUUUGUUAGCAACACAAUGGCUCAAGCAAUGGAUCUUGUGUGCAAGGAGAUCAUCUACGAUGAAGUGGACCAUCAGUUUGCCGAACCGGACCCGACCAUGAUCGCGGAUAACCGGGUCAUCCAGAACCUUAUCAGCCUGGAGCGGUUGACCAUUCCGCCGUGCAACUACUUCGGAACGGUUCAGCAGGAUAUCAAACCGAACAUGCGCAAGAUCGUCACCACAUGGAUGCUGGAGGUAUGCGAUGAGCAAAAGUGCGAAGAGCAGACCUUCCCACUGGCGAUCAACUUCUUCGAUCGAUUCCUGUGCGCCUGCCCGAUCGAUCGCUACCACCUGCAACUGCUCGGAUGCUGCGCGCUGCUGCUGGCUUCCAAGAUCCGCCAGUGCCAUCCGCUGACCGUGGAUGUCCUCAGCGCCUACACCGAUCACGCCGUGUCACCCGACCAGAUCAGGAGUUGGGAACUCCUGAUGAUCAGCAAACUGGAGUGGAACAUUACCGCGGUGACAGCUUUCGACUACGUUGACCAGAUCCUGGAACGCGUCAAAUGGGGCUCCGACGAUUCGCGGCUUCGGGAACACGCACACACGCUCAUCCACGUCUGCAGUACCGAAACCAUCUUCAUGCAGCUCGAACCUUCCCUGCUGGCCGCGUCUUGCAUCGCGUCCGCCAGCCGGGGUCUGAACGUGUCCACCAAGAUGGCCGUCGGGUACGACCUGGUCCGGCUAACCAUGCACGAUCUCGUCAAGGUUGACUUUAUCGUCAAGAUCAUCGAGGAGAUCGUGGCGAAGGAAAUCGCCGACAAGCAGGUCCAGCAGCAGCAGCAGCAGGCCGCCACGAGCGCCGGAAGCUGCAAGGAACAGUACCAGCAGGCCCCGCAAAAGGUCAACUCCGGUGGCGCCCCCAACUCCCAGCAGCAGCAAACCGAACAGCCGGAAACGCCCACCGAUGUGCAGUUUAUAUACUUUUAAGGCGAGCACACACACGUGGGAAGAGGGAACUGCUGUUGAGUAUUUUUAUUGCCUCUUUGUCUGAUUCUAAACACUGUUGAAAUUGCAUUUAUUCUCUAUUGGUCACACUGCUUAAGCUUAAGUCUAAAACAGAGGUCGGCGAAGCGAGAACCAUUUUCUGUUCUCUGGUUUGGAAAAAGGGAAAAACCUGCCGCCCAAAAAAAAUUAGAGCAUGUUAUCCAAAAACCAAAAAAAAAUCAAUUCCUCUUAAGAAAACUCAAGCAAAAACAUGGGAAUGCUGCAGGCGCUAUUCAUCAUCCGGCGACGAGCUGCGGGCCCAAGCUUUGAUUCUGCACACUGCUUAAGCUCGACUGGUCGAGCGACGUUAGGGAACCCGGUGCCAUCCAUCAACUCGGCUUUAGCGGCACGUGCCGGAUGAUCGUAUUUUCAAACUUUUGACAGAACGAAAUUUUAGUUUGUACAUAUUUGAGCAUUAAAAGUUUGGCUGAAUCAACAAAAACGUUAGUUAAUUCCUCAACAAGAAAGUUUGGAUCUUUUCAAAAGCAAAAAAACAUGGUGCGAAAUAGUUUAUCUAUUGUUUAUACUCUCUUUACUCUACUUUCACUAGUUUAAUAUCUUGAAUUUCUAGAUUCUAUACUGUUUUCUCUAUUGAUUUUCACACCCUUUUUUCCUAAAACAGUAGACUCAAAAAAAAAGACUUAGCGUAAAGUUACUCAGAAUUAAGAUUUAUCUAUACACAAAACACAAGGAAGAAAAAAUAAGACGCAAAGUUUGUUAAAUUAUUUAUUUAUAUUUACCACCUAGUAUGCCUUCACUUACGCACAAACGCCCCUCCCCUGCGAGCCAGGGUGGGGAAAAAAAGGAGAAGCAAGACCCUUAAUCUUAAGCGCACACGUGCCAAGACGGUGCCACUCUAUUGGAUGUAAAGUUGUAAAGAGAAAACUGCCAAAGAUUCGUUAGCGCAAAGGAGGAAAACCCCACCGAUUCAUAAUUCUGACACCCCCCACAAAACAAGCCAUAAAACACCAUCAAAAACUAGCAUUUAAGUUGCGACAGAAUUUUAAACAUCAAAAAUCUAACAUUUGCCAGGGGCCAGAAUUCGAUCUCAUUAAGAAUUAAUCUGUACAGAAGCGAGCGAAACGUUUUAGUUUAAGGGCUAAGUGUACCAACCACCCGUGUAAAUAUAAGGUUAGUAUCCAAGCGAAAACUAGGAGAACCAGUUGCCUGCAUUAGUGCUACUUAAAAGGAGACAUUUUUUUUUUUUACUUUGCUAAGAAAUUGCUAAGAAAUGUUGAGACUUUUUCACACGCGAACAGUUUUUUUGGACUUUGUAUGCUAUUUUUCUCUAUUAAUUGUUAAUCUAGUCUUAUAUAAGAGAAAUUUAUAAUAAUUUAUACAAGGAAAUCGAUGUAAGCGAAGAGAAAAAGAAGAAAUACAUUUUUUUUUGGUUAAAUUUA